GUGUGACGCACCCUGGACCCGACAAGAGCGUGCGUUGAUGUCAAAGACAAUGGGGAGAUCCUAUGACAUGACCCUCCGCUCAGGAGCUGCCACCGCAAAACCUCCAAAACCACAACGAAAGGUCGCCUUUUUUUCAGGACCAAGGAACUUGCCCGUUCCCUUCCGUACUGUUUUACAUUUCCACAUUGAGCUGUUACAGCAACCUGCAGAAUCACAAUGACCCUCAAGACGCUCUCGGCUAGGGCCGCCACCGCUCUGGACCAGGAGCUCAUGAGCACCUGCGCCUUCUCGCUGGACCAGCUGAUGGAGCUGGCCGGCCUCUCAGUGUCGCAAGCCGUGUUCCGAGUGCACCCGCCUAGCAAGGGCCGGAGGGUCCUCAUUGCAUGUGGUCCAGGUAACAAUGGGGGUGACGGCCUUGUUGCCGCGAGGCACCUCCAUCACUACGGGUACCAGCCGGCGAUCUACUAUCCAAAGCGCGGCAAGAAUGAACUGUACCAACGACUCACGAAGCAACUGGAGGACCUCGAGGUCCCUUUCGUCGACGACUUCCCGACUGCCCUGAAGUCGUCCGACCAUGUCGUCGACGCCAUCUUCGGCUUCAGUUUCUCGGGCGAGGUCAGGGAGCCGUUCCCAGCCGUUAUCCGCGCUCUCGAAGAGACCCAGGUGCCUGUCACGUCGGUCGACGCGCCAUCGUCGUGGGAUAUAGAGAACGGUCCGCCAAAAUCAGGGCUCGGGAGCAACUUCAACCCUGCUGUCCUCGUCAGCCUCACGGCCCCGAAGCCACUGGCGCAGCACUUCAGGGGCCGCCACUUUGUGGGAGGACGCUUCGUCACGCCGGCCAUCGCCAAAAAGUAUGAGCUCGAGCUCCCAGAGUACGAAGGUCUCGACCAAGUCGCGGAGCUUGGGCCUGCGGGCCAGAAGCUCUGAGCACCAUCUGUCGCCAUCGUCAUUCUUGUCGUAGUCGCCGGCACCAGCUUUUCGUCUCUACCGGGCUCCCACUCCUUUUGGCAGCUACGUUCUGUACACCGCAGGAGUAGGCCCUCGCCAGCCUGUGUCAUAUCACCUGGCAUCCGCCGGUCCUGCUGUUGGGGCAGACUGGGCUCGGACAUUUCCCAAUCACCAUCUCAGUGACCACGGCGUCGACGCCGCGGGGGCACACCAGGAGCGGAGGGUGGUGGUCGGAGCAGAAUUCGAUGAAUACCAUGUACUCUUUCCCGCAGACCAAGCAUUCGGCCAUGUGCUCAGUGCACAUUAAAGCUUGCGGGAGACCCCUGGCGAAAGACCUCGGUUCGUUCGACAGCAGCACAGAGGCGUCGGGUUUCUUUUGCUAUUGCGUGUUUAUCGGUCGCUCGUUAUGGUGUCUUUAUUCUAGGUUCGGAGGUAACCUUUCUUAACUUGAAAGUAGAUUGAUGGGUUUAUAAAAAAAAAUUCUUGCUUUCGGGAAUGGAAACGACGGCUUGCAGAGAAGCCAAUAAAACAGCAAGCAAACAACACCCAAUGGACC